CAUGAAGCUCUCAUGGGCGCAUCCCGUCGUCCUCAUUAGUCUGAUUAGCCUAUGGCUUUGGGCGUGCUUGACGGUGGCUCCAGUUUGGGGCGGGGAGGAUUACUACGCCAUCCUCGGGGUUGGGAAAGAGGCGAAUAAUCGUGAGAUCCGAAAGGCCUUCAAGAAGUUGGCACUCACCCAUCAUCCCGACAAGAGCAAGGAAGAAGACGCGCAAGAGACGUUCCUCAAGAUCAGCAAAGCCUACGAGACCCUGAAGGACGAGGAGAAGCGGAAACGCUACGACAAAUUCGGCGAAGAGGACGACGCCGAUGGAGGCAACCACCAUCCCCGAGGCGGGGGCCAACGCUACCAAUCCUGGAAUUAUUACCAUGACGAUUUCGGCUUGUACGACGACGAUAUCGAGAUCAUCACCUUGGACUAUCACGAUUUCCGUCGCAGUGUGUCCGAGAGUUUCAACUUCUGGUUCAUCAACUUUUACAGCCCACAAUGCGGGCAUUGUCAUGAUUUAGCGCCCACAUGGCGUCGAUUGGCGCGUCUCUUGGACGGGGUCAUUCGCGUGGGCGCGGUCAAUUGUCAGGACGACUUCAUGCUCUGCCGUCAACAGCACAUUCAAUCCUACCCGUCAUUGCUUUUUAUCGGUCCGGACGGCACGCAUCGAUAUCGGGGCGUCAAAGAGGAAGAGGAGCUCCUUACGUUCGUUGCCGACCAUGUACCCAAUCAAGUGUUUCUUCUCACCGAAGUCACCUUUCAAAAGUCCUUGGAGCGGGGUCGCUCUUCAAUACCUUGGUUGAUCAUCUUUUGUUGGAAAGACGAUUUCAAAUGCCCCGACCAGCAGCACCGGAAGCUCUUGGCCUACAUGCUCAGUGGGUUGGCCAAUGUGGGCUUACUGGAUUGUCAAAAGAACAAUCAGUUCUGCGACCAAUUCCAGGAUGGUCCUCGAACUGAAUCCAAGUUCGUUCUCUACCACAGUUUGAAGCAGGUGUUAAGCAAAAGCGAUGGGAUUGUACUCGACUCGUUCGAGUUCAAGGAUGUGGCCGAAGAGGUCAUGGAAAAGCUCCCCGCAGUCGAUCAUCUGGACGAAGAGACGUACGCCCAGCUUCGACUCAAAUUGGAAGACGGAAUGGGCGUGGGUUGGUUGAUUCAUUUUGUGUACGGUCCAGAUGGACGAACCAAACACGACAAAGUGAUCGGAUCGAAAAUCCCCCAACUCAAGUUUGGAGUAGUGGAUUGCAUGGAGCAAGCCAGCGCUUGUCGGGAGCUGGGUCUGAAGAAGCCGCAUUACGUGCUGUUCAAACGCGACGGCGCCUACGAAAUCUACCACGGUCGGGAGAGCCCCGAGGAUCUGGCUCAAUUUGCUCGUGUCGGCGCACAAGCGCGAACUAUGACCACCUUGGUUGGGUCAGACUUUCCCGACAUUCUCGAGUCUUCGGCCGUUUUUGUGGACUUUUUCGCUCCGUGGUGCCCGCCUUGUCUGAACUUGUUACCUGAGUUUCGCAAGGCAAGCCUGAAUAUUGGCGGUAGUAUCAUGUUUGGUACGGUGGAUUGUACCAUUCAUGUCGCCGUGUGCAAUCGCCACAACAUCCGCUCAUACCCGACCACCAUUUUUUUCAAUCAAAGCCAGCCGCAUUUUUAUCACGGAGAACAUUCGGCAGCUGCCUUGACGGACUUUGUUCACGAUGUGCUAAGGCCGUCGGUGGUGAAUCUAGAUUACUCCAUGUUCCAUCAGCUCGUGGAGCGAAAGGAGCCAGAUGAGAUGUGGCUCAUCGAUUUCUACGCUCCAUGGUGUGGUCCGUGUAUGCAACUAGCUCCAGAAUGGUCCAAGUUGGCCAAGGCGAUGAAGAAACUUCCCGAGGUGAAAGUUGGCAAAGUGGAUUGCACCAAAGAAGCGGAGCUUUGUAAACAGAACUUGAUUCGGAGCUAUCCAUCCAUUCGAAUGUUUCCCUUGGACUCCAGAGGAACAGAUCGCUAUUUGGUCUAUACUGGGUUUCAAAGAGAUGUCGCCACUCUUCGGACGUGGGUCAUGGAACAUUUACCCGAGUUGGUAGAGAAUUUCACGCCCUUCUUAUUUCGACAAGAGGUUGAACAUUCGGACAAACCUGCUCUUAUCGAUUUCUACACGCCGUGGUGUGGACACUGUCAGCAUUUCGCCCCUGUUUUCGAAGAAGUCGCUUUGGAUCUUCGAGGGGAAGUCAUAUCUGCCAAGAUCAAUUGCGAUCGCUUCCAAAAUCUGUGUCGAAGUCAAGGAGUGAAGGCAUAUCCUACCGUCAAAUAUUAUCCAGGUCUGUCGACCGAGGGCGUAGAACUACCCUCCCGCCAUCCUGAUGAGAUCGUCUCAUUCAUUCGGAGACAGAACAGGCUCAAAAAAUCGGAUACUGAAGAAACAAAAUCGUUUUCACAAGAACACGAUGAACUUUGACUUGUGAUCUCGAUCUGAUACUGCCAUUUGAGUGCACAACUGUUAUGAAAAUGCACUAAUCAUAUUAUGCCAAAACUUAUUUUAAAAAAGAAGAUCAAUUUACGCUCGAGUUUUCAGUUAUUACAUCAUGUUUAUUCCACAUAUCAUGAGGUUUAAAAGAAAGUCGAAUUAAUCCACUAUGGUCACUUCCUCCUUGACCAAAAACUCGACCACUUCCUCUUCCAUGACGGCGUUCUUGACCUCGAGCGUAUCCGUGUCCAUUCCAUUUCUCAAUUGGAUGCGCAUAUCUCGAUAGGCCUGGAAUUGCUCCAAUUUCUUGGCUCGGUAGGCCUUGUACUCGUCGUACUUGGCGCGACGCUUGUCUAUCAGUUCCUUGGAGGCCUUGGAAGAACGCAUCAUGUCUUGGGCUUCGAAAUCCACGGUGUACUUCUUGAAAUUCUUCUUGAUCUCCUUGACGUCCUUCUUGGUAAGAAGAGUGGGUGGGCGGGGUCGCCAAAGGAACUGACAGAACUUAUCGAGCUGGCAUCGUUUGAGAAUUUUGCCUUGGAAUGACCAGAGCCAGUAGGCGUUGUCAACCUUGUGGCCCCACCAGGACACGCCCGUCAUGACGUAGCGACCCGUGGGAUCCCACUCAACGUCCGUACACAUGAAGUGCUCGCCGGUGUUCAUGGUGG